CCCUUACGUGCUUGCCAACCUAUAUGCGCGCAGUUGUAGACAGACAGUAUUUCCAGUCACGGGGCUACUCGGUGUGGAACAUCAGCUUGUCUGACUCUUAUUGUAGACCAACAAUUACAUCAACUGAGGUUGUAUUCAACAUUCCAUACAACGGCUGUGGUACACGUAGACAGGGCAACAAUGAAACGAUCACCUACUCCAAUGUGAUAAAAGUGCCUGCUUCUGGUUACAUCAUCAAGAGGCAAAAGGACCUUCACGUGCACAUCAGCUGCAAAAUGCUCCAGAACACCUGGGUGCAAGUAACGUACAUUGCUGAUGACAUCAUUAACGUCAGUGAAACCCAGUAUGGCAGAUACAAUGUGAACUUGACAUUCUACAAUUCCUCAUCUUUCCUGUGGCCAGUGCAUGACUUCCCCUACUACGUUGACCUGAAUCAGAAUUUGUUCCUUCAAGCUUCUCUUCACAGCUCUGACCCAAAUCUGGUGGUGUUUGUGGACACAUGCGUGGCUUCACCUGAUCCUAGCAAUUUUAGAACACUGACCUAUGAACUGAUCAGGAGUGGGUGUGUUAAGGAUCCUACCUACUCUACUUACUAUUCACCACACAGCAGUGUUGCUCGGUUUGCAUUUAAUGCUUUUUCAUUUGUUAAUCGAUACCCAUCAGUUUACCUGCAGUGUGAGCUGGUGGUGUGCAGGUACAACGACUACUCUUCCCGCUGCUAUCAAGGCUGUGUUAGUAGGUUCAAGAGGAAUGCAGGUUCUUCCCAGGAAAAAGUGAAUGUUGUUAUUGGACCUAUUCAAGUUCAGGAAGCUCACGCUGAGAACAGGAAAGCUGAGCUGUCCUCUGGCGUCCAGGCAAAAGGGGAGUCUCCGAGCUCAGCGCCUGCUGCCAGCUCCCAUGUUCCUCUGGCUGUGACCAUCGUGGUGCUGGCAGCUGCUGUUCUCACUGUGGGAGGAUUUCUUUUGAAGCGAAAACUGCAGGAACCCAUCCCAUACCAAAUAAUGUGA